AUGGCAGACAAGCUCCGUACCACACAGCAACUUGAGGCGCUCCAGAACAAAUACGUCGGAACUGGACACGCCGACACGACCAGAUUCGAGUGGACCUCCAACAUUCAGCGCGACAGUUUGGCCUCGUAUGUCGGUCACCCGCCUCUUCUCUCAUACAUGACAUUGGCUAUGGGCGAGGGUACUCGCGAGGAGAUGCGUGUCAAGCUCAUCGAGAAGAUGGUCAGACCUGUUGGCCCGCCCCCAGAGGUGCGUUUCUGA